AUGUGUAAGUCCGGAAUCGUAAAACAAGAUAAAAAUAAAAGUGCAAAACAUGUUCGUUUGGUUAAUGACAAUUCUUCGUCAGAUGAUGACUAUGUGUUUACAAUAAACAGGAAGGAUGUUAGUGAAACGAUAGAUGUGAGUGUAGGCGGAGCAUCGGUGUCAAUGCUAAUUGACUCCGGCGCGAGCUGCAACGUGGUCAGCCGAAGUGUGUGGAAUGCAGUUUGCGACAGAAACAAAAACAUUGUUUUGUCCAAAUAUUCAAGAAAUCUAUACGCUUAUGGGUCAGAUAAGCCGUUGAAAAUUGAAGGGUCAUUCCGUACUUUGUUGAAGAAUGGGAAACACAAAAUGGAUGCUGAUUUUAUUGUCGUAAACGGCGAUAACAUCUCACUACUUGGUAAGGAAACUGCAAUCGCAAUAGGAGUUUUGCGCCUGGGUUGCGAGGAUCCGAGUGCUUAUUCUGUUUUAAGCGGAAUCGACAAAGUCUUAUCACAAAGAAAGAUGGUGUUUGACGGUAUUGGAAAACUGAAGGAUUUUCAGUUGAAUUUACAUGUGGACGAUACCGUAACGCCGAUAGCGCAGCCUCUGAGACGACUGCCGUUCAAUGUCCGAAAAAGCGUUCGUAAGAAGCUGAUCGAAAUGGAAGAAACUGACAUCAUUGAAAAAGUCAACAAACCUUCAGCAUGGGUUUCAUCUCUGGUUGUCGUCCCAAAGGAAAAUGGCGACAUUAGAAUUUGUGUUGAUAUGCGCCGCGCAAAUACAGCUGUGAGACGGGAGCGCCAUCCGAUACCAACAGUUGACGAAAUGUUAGAAGAUAUGAAUGGAAGUAGUGUAUUUUCCAAACUCAAUCUACGCUGGGGCUAUCAUCAAAUUGAACUUGAUGAAGAGUCAAGGGAAAUAACUACGUUUACAACACAUGAGGGUUUAUACCAUUACAAACGCCUGAUGUUCGGUAUAUCAUCUGCAUCUGAAAUAUAUCAGCGAAUUAUAGGUCAAGUGAUUCAGGGUCUGGACGGAGUGCGUAAUCUGUCAGACGACAUUGUUGUUUAUGGUACCGACCAAGCAGAUCAUGAUGGAAAACUAGCAAAGGUGCUCGAAAGACUGAUGGAGAAGGAUCUGACUUUGAACCGAGAAAAGUGUAAGUUUGGUUUAUUGAGAAUAGUUUUUCUUGGACAUGUGAUAUCGUCGAAGGGAAUUCGACCGGACGAAGAAAAGGUUAAAGCAGUGUCAGAAACACGCAAACUUACAAAUAGCUCAGAAAUGCGAAGUUUCCUGGGAUUGGCGAAUUAUUGUGGCCGACUUUUUAAGAAUUUCUUGACAAUUGCUGCGCCGCUGCGUGAGUUGACUAGAAAGAACGCAACCUGGAGGUGGACAAAACGGCACCAAGAUGCGUUCAAUGAUUUGAAACGUGCACUUGUCAGUGCAGAGACACUUGCCUAUUACAACCCGAAGUCGGAUACAAGAAUAAUGGUUGAUGCGAGUCCCUUAGGGCUAGGCGCCAUAAUGUCACAAAAGCAGAGGGACGGAUCUUUCAAACCUGUUGCUUAUGCGAGCCGAUCCCUUACAGACGUUGAAAAACGCUAUUUACAAACUGAGCGAGAAGCAUUAGUAGUUUUUGGGAAUGCAGUACCUAAAGCCCUAACAAUUGACGAGAUUCGCAAGCGAUCUUCAGAGGAUCAUGAGAUAAAGGGUAUGAUACAGAAAAUCAAGACAGGUGAAGAUUUCCCGACUGAAUUACAUAGAAUACAGUCAGAAUUUUCAGUCGUUGAUGGUAUCGUGCUACGAGGAACUCGAAUAUUGAUGCCGAAAUCCAUCAGAAAGGAUAUGGUUUCUCUUGCGCACGAAGGACACCAAGGAAUUGUACGUACAAAGCAACGACUACGAGAAAAAGUAUGGUGGCCGGGUAUGGACAUGGAAGUUGAAAAGUUUGUUAAAGCGUUCAACCAAUGUCAGUUGUUAACAAACACGUGUAAACCAGAACCGAUAAAGCCGACAUUUAUGCCGGACGGACCGUGGCAAGACUUAGCCAUUGAUUUAAUGUUUCCCUCAGGAGAGAAUCUACUUGUAGUGAUAGAUUAUUACUCGAGAUACCAAGAAGUGGCCAUUAUGAAGAAAACGACUAGCGAUAGAAUUAUCACACAUUUGGAAGCAAUGUUUGCCAGACACGGAAACGGAGAAGUCGAAAGACAAAAUCGUACUUUGCUAAAAGCCAUCAAAGCGACAAAUGCAGAAGGAAAAGACUGGAAAAGGGAAUUGCCAAAUUUCUUGCUUGCCUAUCGUUCAACCCCACAUGCAACAACAGGAAAGAGCCCAGCAGAACUGCUUUUCAAUAACAAGGUACGCACAAAAUUACCAGAGUUUCCCGCAAGGACAAACAUCAAAGACGUCAGGAAACGUGAUCAGGAGAGAAAACAGAAAUACAAAAGAUAUGCCGAUGACAGUCGAAAUGCAGUGAAAUCUGACAUUCAAAUUGGCGAUAUUGUACUUCAGAAACAGCAGGAAAAAUCUAAAUUGACGACUAAAUUCGUACCCGAAAAACUGUCAAAGACAAAUGUGAAAAUGCUGUUACACUGGAAAAUGAGGAUGGGAAAAAUAAUUAAACGAAACACGAGUGCUGUAAAGAAAAUUGAGCCCGAAUUCGAUGAAGAUGACAUGUGCAAUAUUAGUCCACAAGAAACGUCAGAUGAAACGCCGAACGAAAGACCUAAACGCGAACGUAAACCGCCAGAAUACUUAAAGGACUAUAUUACUGAUUAG